CUUCUAGGAUUCCCUGGAGCUUGGCGGUGGGAUGGGCUCAGUCAGUACCGCUGCUGCCCAUGGCGCCGCCGGCUGCUGUGCGGAGUGCGAGGAGUGACGGCAGGGCGGGCUGCAGAAGAACCGGAGCCAGGGAGAGCCCGAGGUGCGGGCAGCCACAGGACAAGGGUGAGGGUGAGGGUGAGGAGGAUUUUGAAGAACCUCAAAACCAUUCUGGCGAACCCAUUGGAGAUGACUACAAAAAGAUGGGAACACUUUUUGGUGAACUGAACAACCCCCGCCCCCCGAAGAUGAGCUUCACAAGGAUGUAUUUUGGAGAACGAAUUGUGGAACCAGUUAGGGGCCAUUUAGUUUCUGUGGUUUAUGCUGUGGUUUCUGGGCCUGCAAGCCCUUGGACUAGUAGCAGUUCUUUGCCUUGUCAUUAUUUAUGUACAGCAGUAAAACACUGGACCUUUGGUAGCCAUGUAUGUAGCUGAUAGAGCUUUGUGAAAGUGAGAAUAGUUCCGACAUAUUUCAUAUUGUGUCCUGGCUAUUUUGUAAUUUAAAUUAU